GGAGAAAUUGAAUCAAUAUCUCAGAUGAAAUCCAAAGCAGCAAAUAAGCAUGAAGAUGGACUCUUAGAGUUUCUUGAAGACAUUAUCGGAACUUCUAAAUAUAAAAUCCCACUUGAAGAAGCUAAUGAAAACCUUGAAUUAUUGGAUGAAGAACGUUCAGAGAAAUUAAAUCGCGUUAAUAUAGUUGAAAUGGAUAAACAAAGUUUAGAG